UCACACCCAUGGCAGGGCAGGGCCUGGGAUCGGGGCUAUAAGAAAAGGGGCUGGGAGCUGAGAGCCCAUCACUUGGGAUCGUGCGUGUGCAUCUGUCAGCGAGUCCCGGCACCUCCUGCUCCUGCCCCAUGGAAACCCUGGUGCCUGGCCGGCUGCCCUGCAGCACCCUCUGGAUGGCUGCCCUGCUGCUCUGGCUGGGGACGGGGGCACUCGGGGACAUCAGCACAGAUAACCUCCACACCAUCAUCCAAUACAUCAAGCCCUAUGGGGUGAAUGUUGAAUACGCCUUCGCCGUCAGCCUGCCCACAAGCAUUUGCAGAGACCCGUCCAGACUAGCAGAGGCGCUGCCUCAUGAAGAGCUGCAGAACAUGAACAGAGCCAUUCGGCGAUCGGGAAGCCUCUAUGAUCCCACUGGAGGGCACAUUGUAGCUGCCCAAGUGAUGUACCAGGGCCCGAGAGUGAGGUUGCACCCUGAGUGGCGCCUGCUGCAUGGCGGCCAGAACAGCCCUGUGCGGAAGCUCCUGGCCCGGACCCCUCAGGAGAAGAGAUGCCUGAUCUUCUUCACCCGCGACUCGCCCUGUCUGAGGACCUGCCUGAGGAAGAACGGGAACUUCAACAUCCUGCCGAUGGUGAGAGACACCUUCUCCCUCGCCGACAACAACUACCAGGCCUUCGUCUUCCAGCAGAUCUACGACAAGGACCAGGGGAAGGGCCAGGAGCUGCUGGAUGCCUGGUCCGAGCUGCGCGGGGCCGUGCCCCUGAUGCGCUGCGACAACAACGGCUGCCGGAACUACGCGGGGGACGGCACGUCCAACCGGCGCAACCCCAGUAUGGACGGGAGGCCGAUUGUGAGGCGGCGGCUGCACCCGCCUGGCAGGGGGCAGUAGGGA